UUUGAUUUUGUUCUGUGUUCUUUAAUUUAGCUUGUAGUUCUUGUUAUAUAGUUAUCGUUUUGUGUUUGUGUUGUUUGUAUUUUUAUAGUAUUCGGUAGUUUAAUAAUAUGGCCAGUACAAGCUUUUUUUUUAAAGAAACAUUUAGCAAUAAUCCGUUGCCAAAUAUUUCGGAUAGUGAUAAUGAAAAUCAAAUGGAUCAGGAAGCUAUGUCUCAUCCACAAAUUUGUGGGAAUAAACUAGCCCAGAUAUUUGUAAAAAAUGUCUACAAUUAUUUUGUGAAGAAUUUUCCUCAUAUAAGUCCCCUUCAGGAAACAGCACGGGCUUUACAAAUUAGCUGCAAGUCAGUUUCGAAAUAUAAAGAAGGUCCAAAAGACGAGUUAGUUGGGAAGACUUUAAGACAGAAGAAGAAAUUGAAGACAGCUGAUGUUGGGAAUGGCACCAAAGACCAAAUAAGAUGUGAAAUAUACAAUAUGUACAAUAAUUCAUACACAAAAAAAAAUAGGAAAUACAAUUAUACACUUAAAACACUUAAGGUUUGUAAUAGAUAUAGUUAGAAUAUCAAACAAUAGGUAUGUUGUAAUGAGUUAGUAAAUGCAUGGUUCAUAUUCCAAGUUAUUUCAUGUAGAAUUUCUCAGA